AUGGAUGGAAAUAGCGAGCGUCCCGAAAACAAUCGCAAUCGAGCGAAUUUUCACGGCCAAAUCAAUCUCGGCUCGUUGUUUCUGCAUCCCGGCCAAGGCGGUCAGGGAUUCGAUUUCGGCGUCGGUCAAGGCGCCAACAUUUUGGGAUUCGGCGGCGAUCGAAGCUUCAAAUUGGCCGGAAACUCGGCGGGUGUUGCCCUUGGAUCGAACAAUGGAGCUCUCAUCGGCGGCGAACGCGUCGGUGUUGAUGGGGGUCUUGGCGCUGGACGAGAAGGUCUGGAAAUGGGAAGCCAGGUUCAGUUCGGCAACAAUCCGAACCCGAUGCAUCCGGCUGGCCAAUUCGGCUCAUUUCUGGAGAACAUGAAAAACUUUUUCGCGUUCCUCGGCAACGGAAUGCCAAUGUCGCCGCCACCAUCGCCACCAUUCUCGAUCGGCUCGAUUGGUGUGAGCACACUGUCGCCAAUGGUCACCACCACCACCAUCAUCACACCAUGGGCGAAAAUGGAUGGCGACACGUCAGAUGAGGAUGGUGUCGAAGUGAUACCGCCAAACAAUGGAGAUAAUUUGCCGACAAUUGGGCAAUCGAAAAGCGCCGAGCUUCUCGGCACCGAUUUCAGCAAAGAUUCUGACGGCGACGAGUUCAGCGAGGAGCUGUUCACGGCAAAAACUGAUCGACCUAGACAACUUCCAGGCCUCAUCGAGUUCGUCUGA